UAGAGGGCUUUAGUGUACAAUUUGAAUCCGACCGUUGAAGAGUUUUUGUGUUAUGGGUUAUUUUGGAGCCGUUCAGAGUUUUAGUGCCACCGAAUAUAGCUGUUCUACUUUCGAGUUGACAAAGACAUCAUGAAAUCCGGAGGAGCUACAAAAGUUGCGGAUACCCAAACGGUCGUUUUAGAGAAAAAAGGGAGAAAGUCGUUACAUCCUUUGCAGCCAGCAGCUACAAAUAAAGAAAAUUUGGUUGGUGCUGGAAGAAAAUUACGUUCUUCGAGCAGUGGUAAAGACGCUAUAAAGAAUUCUAUGGCUGGUGAGAUGAAGAAAGACGUCAAAACUACUGCUGAGAAAACAGCACAAACGUUGAAAACGGAACCUGUGAAGAAAGUUAUCCAAAAACCAAAAAAUAGCCCUAAGAAAAAUAGCAAAGACGGAAAGAAGAACAUCAAGAUUUUCAAAGACAAAGCUGUUCAGCGCAAGCAUGAUGAAAGGCUUGAGAUUACGAGUAACGACCUCACCUCAAAUGCAGAGCCUAGUGAAAACUAUUGGAAAAUUUUGGCAGAAAGGAGACGUAUUGCCUUGCAAGAUGCAUUAGAAGAAAAUCAGAUACUUUCAGAACAACUAAAAGUGUAUAAGGAAAUGUUAAAUGAAUCUAGAGCUCUAGUCGAAGUGUUGAAGGACAUGAUCGGUGAAGACAGAAAUGAUAUUGAUAAUUCUCUCGAUGACAGUAGGUCUUAAUAAUAAGUACCUAAGUUAUUUCUUAGCAUGUAAAUAUUUCGUUUAAGUCGUACAAAUUAUGUUACUUUCUACUAAAGUUACUUAGCCUUAGUUACGUUAAUUUAUAAAGUAGAACUGACUGUCACAUUUUUAUAACUUUGUCAAAUAGAAUAAUAGAAGUAUGAUCAAUUUACCGCUUUCCUUAAAUGAACGUACAAAAUUAUAAGUCUUUGAGUUGUGGUGUUGGAUUUAAACUGACCAAGGUUUCUACAAAGAAACACUUAAAACAUAAAAUUAAUGUAAAAGUCAACAUAUUUUCAAUAGAAAUUUUUUUGUUUGAAUUUAAUUCCAAAAAUCACUCCUGCCAGUGUCAAAAUUUUGUAUAAAAUUACAUGAGGUAGUGAUUAUUGAAAGUUUUGAAUAGGUUUUUUGACACUUAUUCUGAAAGCCUUAUGAAAUUCCAUGAAAGGCCAAACGCAACUUUGGAAGCAUCAGUUGUUUAAAACCCAUGUAGUGGAUUUAUAUUUUAAUCUGUGAAUUUUGUUAAUUAUAAAGUUAUGUUAUUAUAAAUGCGGGA